UUUCGAUCGGUUGGGCUGAUUGGGCUGAUGAGUCAAGUCCAAUAAAGAGAGCCAAUAAAUUAGGGUUUAAAUCGAUCUGUCUGUGCCUGCUUCUCUCUUUUUCCUUCCUGAACAGUUCAGCGCUCCCGAUACAGAGAAAUGGCAAUCAUGUCUCUGAAUCUUAAAUCAAAAUUGAAACCCGCCGUCUUGAAUUUGUGUAGAACCUUCUCUAACGCUCCUCUCCCCAUCUGUUCAAAGGAUAAGAGCAAGUUUAUCGUGCCGCAGUUUACAGGUCCGGGAAGGUUAAAUUGCUUGCUCAUUUCGAUCGAGGAUACGGCUCAUAAAGUUGAAAAAUAUAUCAAUUAUCCAAAGCGUUUUCAUAACCCCGUUGCUAGUUGCAACGGUUUGGUGUUGUUUUUGUUCGAAGGAUCAUACAACAAAGAUACAAACACAAAAACAAGUCCAGGGGAGGCUCUAUGGAACCCCACCACCAACGAACUCAAAAUCCUUCCUCCAUCGCCCGCAACUUUGGACCCAAGAACCUUCUCUAACGCUCCUCUCCACGUCGGUUCAAAGUAUAAGAGCAAGUUUAUCGUGGCACAGCAUACAAAAACAAUAGGCCUGGGAUGCUUAAAUUACUUGGUAAUUUCGAUAGAGGAUACUGCUCACCAAGUCGAAAAAUAUAUCAAUUAUCCAAAGCUUUAUCAUAACCCUGUUGCGACUUGCAAUGGUUUGGUGUUGCUUUUGUUCGGAGGAUCAUAUGAUGAAGAUACAGACACAAAAACGAGUCCAGGUGAAGCUUUAUGGAACCCCACCACCAAUGAACUCAAAAUCCUUCCUCCAUCUCCCGCAAUCUUGGACCCAAGAGACACGUAUUCGAAGUCGAGCCACAUGUAUUUUGGUUUUGGGUUUGAUUCGACGUCUGACGACUAUAAGGUGAUAAGAUUUAUCGAAUGGAACCGUGAGGGCACUAAUCAGGUCAAUCGUGGCCACUGGUUACCUGUGAUGGCUGAACUGAACUUUCACACGAUUGGGGUGUUGUUUGACCAGCAUAUGGCUCGGGUGUUGUUUGGUCAGCUCCAGAACGUUGUCCCUGAGGCUAUGGCUCUUUGUUGCCUCCUCUGCCGGGCGACGGCCGAAAUCCAGGUUCUUCUCCGUCGGCAGCAACCCUUUUCUGGUGGCACAACUGAAUCUUCAUACGUCGCGAAAUUAGAGAAGCAGUGA